CGGGCCGUGCACCCCGCAGACUUUCUGUGUUUGGAGGGUGCACACCUGCAGCUCCGCGGGCCCGUGUCCGACAGAGAUCAGGCGUUAGGCCAAAGCCUUGCGUCCCAUCUGAUGUUAGCGUGUCCCGUCCAAGUUUUUAAAUUCUUGGGGGCGGGGGUCCCAGACUAAGGAACAAGUUUGCAAGUACAGAAAGUGGCCGCGCAGCGAGCGCUGAGCGUGCCGAGAGUAAUUUCUUCUUUGAGAAACGUGAGACGUGGGUGUUGGCUCCAUUGCUCAGGUGCCCGCAGGCUCCGAGCCUGCCCCCCCGCCGUGUUUUGAGCGGGUUCUGUCAGCUUUGGGGUGCUCCCUGGCGCCCAGCGUAGCAGAGCCCGGAGGGUUGGCGAGGGCGCGUUCACUGGGUCGGUGCCCACCGGCAUUUGAGUGGUGACUGCUGGCCCUCUUUCAGGAUGGCGACUUCAGGCGCGCUGUUUCCAAGCCUGGUGCCAGGCUCCCGUGGGUCCUCCAACAAGUAUCUGGUGGAGUUUCGGGCAGGAAAAAUGUCAUUAAAAGGAACAACUGUCACCCCAGACAAAAGAAAAGGGCUCGUGUACAUUCAGCAGAUGGAUGACUCCCUCAUUCACUUCUGCUGGAAAGACAGGACGUCUGGGAACGUGGAAGACGACUUGAUCAUCUUCCCUGACGACUGUGAGUUCAAGCGCGUGCCGCAGUGCCCCAGCGGGAGGGUCUACGUGCUCAAGUUCAAGGCAGGGUCCAAACGGCUCUUCUUCUGGAUGCAGGAGCCUAAGACGGACCAGGACGAGGAGCAUUGCCGGAAAGUCAACGAGUAUCUGAACAACCCACCGAUGCCCGGAGCACUGGGGGCAAGCGGGAGUGGAGGCCAUGAGCUGUCUGCACUGGGCGGCGAGGGCGGCCUGCAGAGCCUGCUGGGGAACAUGAGCCACAGCCAGCUCAUGCAGCUCAUCGGACCCGCCGGCCUCGGAGGACUGGGUGGGCUGGGGGCCCUGACUGGGCCAGGCCUGGCCAGCUUACUGGGGAGUGGAGGGCCUCCGGCGAGCAGCUCCUCAUCCAGCUCCCGGAGCCAGUCAGCAGCGGUGACCCCGUCCUCCACCGCCUCUUCUGCCCGAGCCACCCCAGCCCCUUCUGCUCCAGCAGCUGCCUCGGUGACCAGCCCGAGUCCCACGCCCAAUCCAGGUAAUGGAACCAGCACGGCAGCCAGCCCAACCCAGCCCAUCCAGCUGAGCGACCUCCAGAACAUUCUAGCCACUAUGAACGUGCCGGCCGGGCCAGGAGGCAGCCAGCAAGUUGACCUGGCCAGUGUCUUGACGCCCGAGAUCAUGGCACCUAUCCUCGCCAACGCUGACGUCCAGGAGCGCCUGCUACCCUACCUGCCCUCUGGGGAGUCGCUGCCACAGACCGCAGAGGAGAUCCAGAACACACUGACUUCCCCCCAGUUCCAGCAGGCCCUGGGCAUGUUCAGUGCGGCCUUGGCCUCAGGGCAGCUGGGCCCCCUCAUGUGCCAGUUUGGCCUGCCUGCAGAGGCCGUGGAGGCCGCCAACAAGGGUGAUGUGGAAGCUUUUGCCAAAGCGAUGCAGAACAGUGCCAGAUCGGAGCAGAAGGAGGGCGAUGGGAAGGACAAGAAGGACGAAGAGGAGGACAUGAGCUUAGAUUAAGUUAUUUGCUGUCUUUUACGGGCGGGGCUCCUGGCUGUGUGGACGAGCAGUGUGUUUGUGGGCCGUCGCACACCCUCACACCUCUGUUCUAACUUGCUAAUAAAUAAAAGUUUUUUCUUUUAUCUGCCAA